CCCGCCCCGCCCCCUCCGGCAGGGAUGUCGCCCGCCAUGGCGACCGACGGGCCCGCGCUGGCUGAGCUGCUGCUGCAGCGGCUGGAGCGGGCGGGGGGCGGCGGCCUGGGCAGCCUGGAGGCGGCCGCGGCGCUGGGCCUGGAGCACCAGCAGCUGGUGGGGGCCGUGAAGAGCCUGCAGGCGCUGGGGGAGGUCAUCGAGGCUGAGCAGCGAUCCUCUAAACGCUGGGAGCUGACGCCCGAGGGGAAGGAGAUUGUCCAGGAGGGAAGCCACGAGGCGCGUGUCUUUGACAGCAUCCCUGCCGAAGGGCUGCCCCAGAGCGAGCUGAUGAAACUGCCGAGUGGGAAAGUGGGGUUCAGCAAGGCCAUGUCCAACAAGUGGGUGCGGCUGGACAAGAACGCGGACGGGGGUCCACGCGUCUUCCGGGCUGUGGAGAGCGUGCAGGACUCAGUGCGGGAGAAGCUGCAGCUGGUGCAGCGGGGAGAGGCUGAGAGCCUGGAGGAGAAAGACAGGAAUGAACUGAAGAAGCGGAAACUCCUGAUGGAAGUGAACAUCAAGACCUACUGGAUCCGGAAAGGCAGCGCCUUCAGCACCACGGUCACCAAGCAGGAGACGGACCUCACUCCAGAGAUGCUCGCCAGCGGCUCGUGGCGUGACCUGAAGUUCAAGGCGUACAACUUUGAGGCGCUGGGGAUCAUGCCAGAGAGCGGGCACCUCCACCCGCUGCUCAAGGUCCGCACGCAGUUCAGACAGAUCUUCCUCGAGAUGGGUUUCACAGAAAUGCCCACCAAUAACUUCAUCGAGAGCUCCUUCUGGAACUUCGACGCCCUCUUCCAGCCGCAGCAGCACCCGGCCCGUGACCAGCACGACACCUUCUUCCUGCAGGAUCCUGCCGAAGCCACGGACUUCCCCAUGGACUACCUGAAGAGAGUGAAGAAGAUCCACUCGCAAGGAGGCUACGGCUCCCAGGGGUACAAAUACGACUGGAAGCUGGAGGAGGCGCGGAAGAACAUCCUGCGGACGCACACCACAGCCGUCAGCGCCCGCAUGCUCUACCGGCUGGCCCAGCAGGAGAAGUUCACCCCAGCCAAGUAUUUCUCCAUUGACCGGGUCUUCCGGAAUGAGACGCUGGACGCCACCCACCUGGCCGAGUUCCACCAGAUCGAGGGGAUGGUGGCCGACUGCGGCCUGACGCUGGGGGACCUCAUGGGCACCCUCAGGGAGUUCUUCUCCAAGCUGGGGAUCAGCCAGCUGCGUUUCAAGCCGGCCUACAACCCCUACACGGAGCCCAGCAUGGAGGUGUUCAGCUACCACCGAGGGCUCCAGAAGUGGGUGGAGGUGGGUAAUUCGGGGAUCUUCCGCCCGGAGAUGCUGCUGCCGAUGGGGCUGCCGGAGGGCGUGUCGGUCAUCGCCUGGGGCCUCUCUCUCGAGCGCCCCACCAUGAUCAAAUACGGCAUCAACAACAUCCGGGAGCUGGUUGGGCACAAGGUGAACCUGCAGAUGGUGUACGAUGGCCCCCUCUGCCGCCUGGACGCGUAGGCGCCGGCCCGCUCUGCCCCCGGCCCGCUUUGCCACCUGGCUGCGUAGGCGCAGGCCCCCGACCCAGCCCCACCCCAUAGCUAUUAGUGUCCACUCCGGGGGCUCCCCCUCUGCACUGGGCUGGGGCUGCCCCCCUUCCUGGGCAGACGGCUGGUGGGGCACCCCCGGCCCCCUUCCGUUCAGCGGGGGGGGACACGGCGGAGCGGCCCAGGCCGGCGCCUGCAGCCUGUGGUGCGCCAAUAAAGGGCUGGUGUCUGGG